AUGCCAGGCACAUAUCACAGCCGAAGGAAAUCCGGCCAAGGGCUGCCUACCAACACAUCCAUGACGGAUGUAAGGAAAGCCAUGGGCGCGGAAAAGCGACAACGCAGUUCUGGCAGCACGUCCAAGAGGUCCAAAGAGCAACAACCCACAACCUACAAGCUUGGGAGAAGCCCCAAGGAAAGGGAAAGGGAAUACUACGAGUAUGCCGAUGACGGAGACGGCCGUGACACCUUUCCUCAGUAUUGCAUGGCCUGCGAAAAACAAUUCCUUCCCGUCGAUGACCGAUGCCUUUACUGCUCAGAAGCGUGUCGUGAGUUUGACGAAAACUCGUUUCGCCACGCAGCUCCCCUCGCGGGUCGGCCAGCAGCGGUUUCCACCACCAAUCCACGUCGUCCUCCACGUCGUCUCUCUACGCUCCCUCGAGCCACCACCGCGAACCCAAAGACAUCAUCCCCCGCGCCUCCCCUCGAGGCCGACAUCUACGUAUUUUGCCUCGUCGCCCGCGGUGCCAGGCGACGCUACGGCGGCGAUAUCAGCUCUCCGGUCCCUGACCAUCCGAUCCGGCAGCCCUCCGUCCCCUACGUCGAUGGGAGAGGGUGUGGGCUCCAGCCUCUGGCCCUUUACGCGUAG